CUCUUCAAUUUCUUUUCUUGAGUACUGCGUUCAUAAUAGUAUUCAAACAAAAGAGAAAAAAGACACGAAAAACGUUUUUCCGCUUACCUGUAUCUUCCUGUUUGGAUGGGUGCAGGCAAGUCUUAGCAUUUGCAUUCCGUUGCUUGGACUACGACUAUAWCUCUCUCUCUCUCUCUCUCUCUCUCUCUCUCUCUCUCUCUCUCUCUGUGGGAGCGGCGUCCAUCGUUGAAUGAAGGCCCUGACAAGGUGUUUGCGGAAGCUAGCAAGGCUUAAUUAAAUAAAUUGAAUUCAAUUUAAUUCGAUUCGAUCAGAUUGGGAGAACAGCGCGCCUGUUGGGAGAGCAGCGCACCUCCUCCGCCCUCUCCUCCCUCGUUCGGCCUUCUCCCCCUCCCCCCCCCCUCCUCGCGCCUCCGCUCCUCCCUCCGCGCCUCCCGCCCUUUCCCGCGCUUUUCCCCUCCCGACAUCCCCGCGCGUUUGCACCGGAGGCCGCUCGCUCUCAUCUCUCAUCUCAGUCAAUCAAUCAAUCAAUCAAUCAAUCAAUCAAUCAAUCAAUCAGUCCGCUUGAUUGAUUGGCGAUUGCUCUCUCAUAGGUAUAUUAUAUAUGAUUUGAUAUGAUGCCCUGAAGUUUCGACAUGCAUUCAGUAAUUGGGAGCCAAGAUCCUCGCUGCACGACGACCACGCACUCAUCGCGUACUGCGCAGCUUCACGUGGGCAACGGAGGGGACAACCCUGCACCUUACGCUUUUGCCUUCAACGACAAGAAUUUCAGUGACCGGCUUCUUCAUAUCGAGCUAAUUCCAGAGUGUGAAGACUUCAUCUGUCAGGACGUGCAACCGUCCAACCCAGUGUCAUCGACGGGAUCAAAAUCAUAUAGCAAGAGACGGAGAACAAGCAGCCAAGAUGCUGACAACUCGUGUGUCGUGCAGCAGCAUGCAGAUGCAGAGGAACUGCAGACGGGGGGACGGGUUGUGAAGUCCGUUCACAUAUGCUCGGCAAUCCUGGCUGGACAGAGCCCAUUCUUCUACAAACUAUUUACGAGCAACUUUAAGGAAGCUGAGCAGAGGGAUGCCACACUACGAAUUAGGGCCUCAGAGGAAUCGGCACUUAUGGACAUGCUGGAAUUUACAUUUACUGGAAAGGUGAAGGCUCAGAGCUCUCAGGACUUGUUGGACGUACUCCUAAUGGCAGACCGGUUUCAGGUCGAUGCCUGCACCCAUCACUGCACAAAAUUACUGAAUGAGUUUGACCUCACUGUAGAGGAUAGACUCCAGUUUCUUAAUCUUCCAGUGGCGGUGCAGGAGACGGAUGCUGUUAAGAGCCUUAUUGAGGGCGCAAAAGAGCACAUUGCUGUCCAUUUCCGCGACCUGCAUAAGAUGAUGAACGAAGCGUUGACACUGCCUCUGCCAGGUGUGGAGAUCCUGCUGGAAAGUGAUGCGAUAAACGUCUCGUCGGAGGACAUAGUGUUUGAUUUCGUCAUAAAAUGGGUGCGGCAGCACACACAAGACCCCGUGGAGAGGCAAGAGGUGUUCAAACGGUUGAUUCAUCUGGUGCGAUUCCCUUGGAUGUCGAACAAGCGCUUGAUGAGGGUCUGCUCCUCACCGGAUUUGGAUCAGGAUUACAUUAAAAAAAUGGUUAUUGAAGCCCUUUUAUUCAAGGCCGAGUCCCCCUUUGGACGGCAGAAAAUGGCGAAGGAAGCGGAGGAGAAACAUAAGAGGUUCCGAGAGAGGUCGUACAAACUCAGGCCGGUGAAAGCGGUGGCCUUUGACAAUCCAUGGCCCCAUUGCAUUGUAUACCUGGACUUGAAAAUCGAGGAGGUCCGCAAUUUGUGGCCGAAAGGACACAUCUACUCGCAGUCAUUCCACUGCGGCGAGCACGAGUUCUUUAUGUCCGCUCAGUGCAAUGCGAACAAGGAUUCCAACUUGAACACUUUUGGACUCUUCCUUGGCAUGCAUGAGCGGGGUGCUUCGGCAGCCACAGUGGUGGUGGACUACGACUUUUCCGUCCGAACAGUUCCCUCCAUGCAGUUCGUGAGCAGGGUGAAUAGCACCUACACUUUCACAAGUGGGAAGGUGGUUGGUUAUCGAGACCUGUUUCUAUUGAAAUGGGAAAACUUCGUUGCAGACAAUAGCCCAUUCUUCUUUGGUGGUGUUUUGUACAUUCGAGUUGAGCUAUCACUGAAGCAGAAUGGCAAUCGACCUCCAGGUACGUAAGCGAACACUACACAACAUCUAGUCUUAUAGCUUAGAUCGCCACUACCUCCUCCAAUGGCGCUGACGCUCCUGCUAUGUAGUCAACAGGGCAGCGGAUACCUCAAAAGAACAGGACAUGGUGGCGAUACAUGAGCAUCCAGGGCCAAAAGUGUGAGGUGCAGCAAGCACACGGAAAUGGGAGUGCGAGGUUCGGCAUAAUAGCCUGGAAGUUGUUGUCGAUCAUUGGAUCGACUUCGUCAGCACUAAGCUAUGCUUCGUGUCAGCACCUUAGCUGUGGGAGCACAAGCUAGGCUUUACCAAAAAGCAGCUGAUGAAUCUCUUAACUGUGGUAGCAUUGCUUGUGCCACACACAUGGGCGGGUCUGCCUGUAGGCGUCGGGAGGUCGGUUGCCUCCUGAAAUGUGGUUCAGAAAGGGGGGGAGGAGCGUGUUUGCCUGUUAGGCACAGGGAGGUCUGCUGGUUAAACAGGCUGACCCUGCAAAUUGAAUAAAGAAACCCGUGGCAGUGAGGUCGUCAAUCCAACUGACCAGCUGAAAAAUGCCAGGGGCUCCUGAUAACCAGGGAGGGCGGUCGGAGAAGGUAUUGGUGGAUUCUGGAAACUUGGUUGCAAGAAAGAUAUACGAGGAGUGGGUCUGCCUGGAGGCAUGAUGAGGCGGUGUUUUGCUUCAGGAAAUGUGGUUGCAGGAAAGGUAGGAGUAGCCCUUCUGUCACCAGAGUGCCGAGACAAGUGUUGUGCUUGUGACGAGGUAUCCUCGUGUUGCUCGGAGGAGUGAAAGGGUAGGCGGAAGCAACCAGCAUCAAUACUAGUGAUGACUAGACAUGGCUGUCUUUCUGGUCGCACAGCUGCUUUAAAAGAAGGUUGCAAGUUGAGGGAGAUCUGCAAGCUGAGAAGGAGACCCGUUGCACCAAGUAGAUGUUAAACUGUCAAAGGAAGCGUGAGGUGUUGUUGGAGUGACGGGACCGGACACUUGUCCUGCAGUCAAUAGGGGAAGGAUUCCGAAAGAACUAUUUCGUCUCGAGAAGGGUAUAUAGGCGGUCAAGUCGAUGUUCUUUUUACCACACGGCUCUUUCUUGUGGCACGGCGCCAUAUUGGCGAGAAGGAGAGCGGUGGUGGCAUAUGGCGCUCGAGAGAGGUUGAAUGUUCAUCGUUCACACAACAAAGGCAUCAGUUAUGUGCGUGCUGACUGAAUCGCUUAGCAGGGUACCUGGCAAUGGUUACCCUCUGUACAGCGCUGAACAGACUUGGAAGGGGAGAGAGAGGAAGAACUGUGAGGAAGCAUGGAGCGUUGACCAUUUUAGAAGGUUCAGGGAGAAGGAACGGUGUGUGGAGAAGUGUAGAAAGGCGAACUCGGUUGUGGAGAGUGUCACAGCAAGCCAUUGCAGAGAAUAAAUGCCAAGGAUUGUG